CUAUUUCAACAUUUUCAAUUUUUUUGCAAGCUGGUCGUAUCAAGAAUGCAGAUCAAGAUCUGUGAGUUCACACACUGGUCUUCUCAAAAUUUCAGGUUUUGACCGUGGAAACUCUGAAGGCUACAAAGGAAAAGGGAGAAGAAGUGCAGAACGCUGAAAUUAGUUUCGUGUACGUGUAGUCAGACUCGGCGCUGCUCCCGUCACGAAGUGGGAUUUGCCCAGAGGAUUCGGAUUGCAGGCCUUUUCAAAUUUGUGCGUCAUGAAUUGAGGAGCUCAGAACUGAAUCUGGGGAUACUCAUUUUGAGCUACCUACAUAGUUUUGGUUGCAUCACAAGGAUUCCAGAAGGUCAGUUGAUAUGAGCAGCAGCGAUGAGUCCGAUUCUGGGAGAAGAUCAUCGGAUGCAGAAGAGGAUGAGAAAAUGGACGAGGAGAAAGAAGAAGUUGAUUCUCAAUCACAAGAUGACUCCCCAUCUCCGUCCCCUGUUCGGUCCCAGACGCACUCGGCUCGGUCCAAGUCUGCCUCCCUCAACGCCUUGGCUUUCCCCAUUUCUAGAGUGAGGCGGUUGGUGAAGAGCGAGGGGGAUAUGCAGUGGGUCGGCGUUGAGGCCGGUUUUCUCAUUGCGAAAGCAGCGGAGCUUUUCUUGGAGAAAUUUGUGGAGGAAGCUUUUGAAAAGAUGACAGAAGAGGACAGGACCACCCUACACUACAAAGAUUUAGCCGAACAUGUUACUUGUGCGGAGAGAAUGGACUUUCUUGCAGAUUUUGUUCCAGAGAUGGUACUCGCGUCCACUGCAACAUCAGCAAAAGCAAUGGCUGAUAGAUAGUCCACCUUAUGAAAGAACAGUUUUGGAAGGCUUUCUCAGUAAGUCAUUUUUCUAGAUAAAUUCCAUCGGGAGCGCAAUGAUCAAGAUUUUACCUGAAGAGAAAACUACCAUCACUACUAGGAUAGGACUAUUGAAAGUUCAUAUGCCUGUUGUAAAUGUCAAUCCCACCUUUCUCACAAUUUUGAUACGGGCCUUGUAGAGAUAGCUGUGUGUAUUCCUUAUCCUGAGGUCUUAUCUGUGCAUACCUCAGAAUAAGGGUCUGCAGAGGUCAUAAGUUUCAUGUUGAAUAAGUACAUCUCACAGCUGACCUUUGGCCCCACCACUAGGAUUGCAUUCAAUUGAUCCUUUGCUGGUGACACGGGACUUUACUGGAAAUUGACUCGAUUCUCUUCGCAAAGUGGAACCGUUUAAUCAGUUCUAUGUGUGUCUCAAUCGAGCGAACUUAACCAAAUACAUCUUUGCAGCAGGUUUUGCUGCAAACAUGU